UCGGGCUCUGCCGGCGGUGGAGCGUGAGCUGGGAAAGAGGAAGAGAAAGAUGGUGAAAGAGAAGAAAAUGACGGAAAAACAGGGUUAACAGAGCCAAAAAGACGAGGGCGAUGGCCCCUUUCAAGAUGGUGUUUUCUGUUUCUUGUUUGGGAAUUGCUAUGAGGUGUGGAAUUUUUCGGUUGGGUAUAAAUUCUGGUGAUCAGCUCCUUCUUCCCUCACCUCACCUUGUCUUUCGCCUGUUCACCACCUCAAAAUGUCCUUCAAAAGAUCCAAUCUCUACAAAGACCCCUAUGCCAACAGCUUCUCGCUCACAUCACCCAUAGUCCCAGCUCACAACCAUCCCUUUUCCCUUUCCAGCUCGAAUUCAGUCACCAACUUGAAUGCAUUGAAUUUUAGCUCUGUGUCCAUUGAUCAUGUUAAUGGGCUCUACGACACCUACAACAACAAUUUUGAAAACCAUUUACAAGAGAUUGAGUCCUACAAAGAGAGAAUUGUUGUGCUCGAAAACCAGCUACUCUACGAACAGGGCAAAAACAUAAAGCUCAGCUCUGCCAUAAACUACAUCCUCCAGAAUAAUGGCAACAUCCCAAGCUCCUUAUCGAGCUUAACCAAUGGUACUGAUACUAAUGCCUCACACAAACACUCUUCAAGUCAUUCUAACAAACCCAUCUCAGAACUUUCUACUCUUUGUUCUCACACUGAAAAGUUUAACCACUUGAACUAUUUAGAUGAUAUCGACGAUUUCGAUCAUUUUAUUCUCAACAAAAGCAAAAAAGAAACUAGAACUCAAAAUAAAACUGAAAACAAAGUCGAUAACAUUUCUGAUUCUAAAAUCAGUGAUACGAAUCACAACAAUGUCAAUACCUCUGAUAGUGAAUCAUUAACCUCGACUAUUCAUCUUUCUUUAUCCACUGAAAAUGAUCUAGACUCAAAUCACACAGCUGCUAACACUAACCACAAUCAAGAGUACCUAAAUUCUCACUCAAUCUCAACUGUCACCUCUUCCAACUAUUCUCCUUCAAUCACCUCCUCCACUUCUUUCACCUCUUCCACCACCUUAAAUUCAAAUUCAAAUUCUUUCUCAAUCUCUAAUUUCAACUUCAAUUUCAAUUCCAAUUCAAAUCACAAAAAUAGUCCCAACUCUAAUCUUAACCCUAACUCUAACUCUAACGUUUAUGCUAAUACUAACAAACAUAAAAAUACUAAAAAUCUCACAAUUAUAACCACCAAUGAUAUUAAAAAUAAGCAAAAUAAUUUCAAUAAACAUCUUCAAAAUAAUAAAUCAUUUCCAACAAAAAUCGAUAAUAUAAACAAUACUAAUAAUAUAAAUAAUUUAAAUAACAACAACUCAAUUAACCACCAUGAUCUCAUCACUUAUUACCAAAAUUCAAAUAACGAUAUCAAAAAAAAAUAUAAUGAAAAAAUUUCAGAUUUUAAUGACCUCAAGAUAUCAAAUAAAAACUUGAUUCACAAAAUAUCAGAUUUAAAUUCUUCUUUAAAAAAAAUUAAAUUAGCCUACAUUAAAUUAGUUUCAAUUUGGGAAAAUAGCAGUAAUAUUCUUUCCACUAUUACCAAUAAUACUAAUACUAAUACUGAUAACAAUAACAAUAACAAUAACAGUAAAAAUCCUAUUGCAAAUAAUAUAGAAAUUAAUAGCUUUUUCAAUAAAUUUAACUCCCUUUUACAAGAUUUAAAUAAUCUAUUAGGCUACAAUUUCAAAAACAACAAUUACCUAUCCUUUAUCCAAAAUAUAUCCUCAAAUUCUCCAUUUAAUAACAAUCCCCGAAUUGGAAAUAAAAAAAAGGAUGAAGAUUCUGAUGAUGUCAUAGAUAAAAUCCUAUCCAUCUAUAAAUCCCAUCUUAACUUCAAAUUCUCUUCAAAGGUAUUCAAUGAAGCCGAAUCAAAAUACAAACGAAUCUAUGAAGAUCCAACUAGAUCUUUCAUGAAAAUAAAUAACUCUCCUCAAAUAAAUAAAAUAGAUGAUUUAAGGCUAUACGAAUUAAUUGCUGUCCUGGAAAUUUAUAACGGUUUCAGUCAAAAAAUUAGACAAAAAGAUGAGCAGAUCAUUCAUAGCUUUUCAAUGAAAAAAUAUAAUGAUUUUGGUCUUAUUUAUUUAAAAGAAAAAGAAGAAACUCUCUCAGAAAGAGUCAUUAAAAGUCUUGAAAACAAAAACGUUAAAAAAACCACUUCUGCAAUCAACAUCAAAUCUCUUUUACAAUGGCCGAGAAUCUCUUUAUCUACUGAUGAUAAUGCUAUUGUUGAUGACCACCAUAUCAUAGAUCAAAAUACCAAUUAUUCUACAAGAGAAAAAUCAAAAAAAAGAUUACAAAAUAUUGAUUCCUACACUCUUACAAAAUAGCCAAUUUACAAUCAUUUCAAAGUCAUGUAAGUUUUCACUUUAGUUUUUGUCAUCUAAUUAAGUAUUUGAUUUCCCAUUUGGUUCUGUUUCUCUUGUUUUAUCCCUAAUGUCUUAUUUUAAAUUAUUUCUUGCUGUUGUCUAAAUGUUUUGAUCUUAUCCAUUAUACAACCCAUAUGUGUAUUCAUUCUUUAAUUUUCCUUUAAUUUAAUGUUGCUUUUUUAAUUUUAUUUUUAGUUGAUAGUUUCUCU